AUGAUACCAAACACAAGAAUUCUCUCGGCGCUGGUGCUGCUGUGCCUGACGCUAAAAUCUAGCCAGGCACAUGGUUUUGGAGGACAAAAGUUUGGCGGAGGCUUUGGCGGGGGCUAUGCAGUACCCUAUCCUGUUGCCCAACCGAUUCCUGUGCCUCAGCCAAUUCCAGUGGCUCAGCCAGUGCCCGUUCCAGUUGCAGUGCCCCAACCGGUGCCAGUUCCAUACCCAGUUGCACGACCAUUCAAACACGGCUGGAAAGGAGGAUUAGGUGGCGGUGGAUUUGGCGGUUAUGGUGGAUUUGGUGGUUACGGUGGGUAUGGAGGAUAUGAAAGUUUCUCAUCAUACAGUGGUGGAGCUUACGGCGGUGGCUUUGGUGGCUUUGGAGGAGGCUUCAGAAGACGUUAG